CGGGCUCGGGGAGCGGCGAUUGGCUGCGCGCGGCGCGCGGUGUUUGAUGGGAGAGCAGCUGGGCGGUCUGCGGCCCUGUCAGCGGCGGCGGGAGGCGGCGGAGGUGACAGCAGGAUGCGCGGGGCAGGCCCGCGGCAGCUGUGAAUUCCAUCAGAAGAUUGUUAUAAGCAACCAAAACAACCAAUUUCCACAAAUUAAAAAAUGGGUGGACUAGUGUCCCGAUGGAGGCAGGCAAAGCCUUCGACAGUAGAAGUGUUGGAGAAAAUUGAUAAGGAAAUCCAAGCAUUAGAAGAAUUUAGAGAAAAAAAUCAGAGGCUACAGAAGCUAUGGGUUGGAAGACUACUUCUCUACUCAUCAGUUCUUUAUCUUAUUACUUGUUUAAUUGUAUAUUUGUGGUAUCUUCCUGAUGAAUGGACAGCAAGGCUGAUUAUGAUGCUUCCAUUUUUUGCAUUUCCAUUGAUAAUCUGGUUUAUAAGAACAGUGCUCAUUUUCUUCUUUUCCAAAAGAACAGAAAGAAACAGUGAAGCAUUAGAAGAGCUAAAAUCCCAAAAGAAAAAAAUACUUGAAGAAGUAAUGGAAAAGGAAACUUAUAAGACUGCUAAAUUAAUUCUUGAAAGGUUUGAUCCAGAUUCUAAGAAGGCAAAGGAGGUUGAACUGCCAUCUGCUGGAGCAUCUGCAACUCCAAGACCUGGACAAGAAAUUCGUCAGCGGACCCCAGCUCAAAGAAAUGUCUCUGCAGCCACCCCAGUAAGCCCUAAACAGGGAUCUCCCAAAGCUCCAGGUCCACUAGCAGCAUCUCCUGGUCUGCAAAGGGACGCUUCAGCUCCUGGUGGACCUCCAGAAAGAACCGUUGCACCAGCCUUACAGUCAAAUGUGUUACCAAGACGUCCUGGAUCCCCUGCUACUUCAAUGCCUGGAAUGGGUCUCCAUCCACCAGGCCCUCCUUUAGCAAGACCUAUUCUUCCUCGAGAAAGGGGAGCUUUGGAUAGAGUUGUUGAAUACUUAGUUGGUGAUGGUCCACAGAACAGGUAUGCCCUUAUAUGUCAACAGUGUUUUUCUCAUAAUGGUAUGGCUCUGAAGGAGGAAUUUGAAUACAUUGCAUUUAGGUGUGCAUACUGCUUUUUCCUGAAUCCUGCAAGAAAAACUAGACCGCAAGCUCCACGACUCCCAGACUUCAGCUGUGAAAAGAGGCAGCCAACAGAAUUGCUGACUACGGUUGAACCUUUGCAUUCUGGAGGGGUAAAACUUCAGGAGAAUCCACCAAGGGAAGAACCCAUAGAACAAAUUACACAUAUUAUUGAGGCAGACCAGAUAGAUGGUGAGGCAUCGAGUACUGAGCAGCAAGGGGUUGAAUUAUCUGAAGAGGCUGUGAAAGAAGAAACAACAAAUGAAAGUGAACCUUCAGUUACGAAAAUCGAUUCCGCUGUUCCAACUGAACAAAGUGAUGAGUCUGUCCCAGAAUAAGUACUUCAAGUGCCUUCUGUAGCUAGUUCUUUUAGCUUUGUUCAUGCCAGUUGUUACUCUUCAGGUGGGCUUUUUGAAAAUGGUACAAAUUAAAAUCUUUCUUGAGCUCAGACUGCCUCACUACCACAGUACGUCGAAGCUAUGUGCACUACUGGAUAUUGAAAAUUAAGCAUGUAUUCUUUCAGUGAGCUAAUGCACUGCAGAAUGUACAGUUGGUUGAAGUCUAACACAAUCACAGGUCGCUUUAGCUUAGUUUUGUAUAUUUGAAAACUAAAAUUUACCUACAGGGUUAUUUUCCAUACACUUAACCAAAUGCAUACUAAGUUUUAGGUAUUGAACAUAAGCUGCAGUAAUUAGCAACAACUUAUCUAGUGGAGUUUUGGUUUUGUGAACUUUUAGGAUUUUUUUUUUAAUGUUUACCCAUUAAAAUUGAUUGAAUGACUUUUAAAUAUCUAGAUGUUUACAGGCUAAAAUGUCUUUAGGCAUUCAGCUUAAGCAGUGUGAAAGUGUCAUAACUGUAACAGCUUAGUCAUUGUCUUAACUUUUUUGACAGAAUGCAGUUAAACAGCACUAAGCUGUAUUGUAACUCCUUUGGCAUUACCUGUGUGCAGAUGGGCCGAAGGCACAUGAUAUACAAAAUUAGUUUGUGUUUACAUAAGGUAUAGGAAGUCUCUACUUGACUGUACUUGAAUACUGAGCGUUAUUUAUACCUGUAUAAUAAUGACAAUAUAUAAGUGAAUUUUGUGCCUUUGUGUUUUUUGUUAAAGGAAAAUAAAGACUAUCUAGCAACAA